UGAUGAUUAUUCAAGCUUCACAACCGAGUGGCCAUUUUUUUAACGUGUGUCCGGAUCCCGGUUCCGCUUACUUCUCUCCUAAAAUCUCUUUUAACGUCAAAUAAUAACGGCUAUCACCCGCAAACGAGUCUCGAACUUCAAUAGCCUUCAUCGCGGAGCAGAAAACGACAGAUAAAUCGGGAGUUGUCGACAUGAAUCCUGAAUAUGAUUACCUGUUCAAGCUCCUGCUGAUCGGAGACUCCGGCGUCGGCAAGUCCUGCCUUCUGCUGCGUUUCGCUGACGACACGUAUACAGAGAGCUACAUCAGCACGAUCGGAGUCGACUUCAAAAUCAGGACGAUAGAGCUCGACGGAAAGACCAUCAAACUACAGAUCUGGGACACAGCCGGUCAGGAGCGGUUUCGCACCAUCACCUCCAGCUACUACCGAGGAGCUCACGGGAUCAUCGUUGUUUACGAUGUCACGGAUCAGGAGUCCUUCAACAACGUCAAGCAGUGGCUUCAGGAGAUCGAUCGCUACGCUAGUGAAAACGUCAACAAACUCCUGGUGGGAAACAAGUGUGAUCUGACCACUAAGAAAGUUGUGGAUUACACAGCAGUGAAGGAGUUUGCGGACUCUCUUGGCAUCCCGUUCCUGGAGACGAGCGCGAAGAGCUCCACUAAUGUGGAACAGGCCUUCAUGACCAUGGCAGCUGAGAUCAAGAAGAGAAUGGGCCCCGGGGCCACUGCGGGAGGCUCCGAGAAAUCCAACGUCAAGAUUCAGAGCACGCCGGUCAAGUCGUCCUCCGGAGGAUGCUGCUGAGACCAACGACAGUAACGUUACCAACCAUACGCCACAGCUGAGUUAGCAGGAAUUGAGAGUGUGUGUGUGUGUGUGUGUGUGUGAGAGAGAGAGAGAGAGUGUGUGUGUAUGUGCAAUAAAGACUGAGAAUAUUAAUGAUAAGGAGAGUAAGAGAGGAUCAAAUUUAACAUCGCCUGAUAUUGAAUCA